UUCUCAUUGGCCACUGCCUCCUCUGUAAUCAUACUCGUGUUGAUUGAACUCAUACACAUAACCGAACUUCAGUGCCUGUCAUCUUCCCCUUAGAUCUUCAUGAUGUUUAAUCAGUAGCUGUAUUAAGACAGCGCUUUGUAUUUUUUGCAGUGAGCUGUUUAUCUGUUAGCUGAUGUCAGUGUUUUGAGUCAUGCUGUUAGACGUGCUACAGGCAACAGAUGCUGGAGGAUUCAUACUCAUUCAAGAUUCUGUCAAAUGCUGCGGUCGAGGAAUCCUCCGGUGUUUUAUUAACGCAGCGCUGAAGAGGGACGAGGACGUGCAUGUGCUGGGGGUUGAGAGUCCUGAAACAGAAGUGUGUGCUGGUUUGGACAGCAGCUGUGCGCAAAAGCUUCAUUUUCAUAAGGGUUUUCCUGAUCCCCUCGGCUGGACGGGCAGAUCUCCUUUCACCGUUCAGCAGUUCACUUCUCAACACAUAACUCAACUCAUCAGAGACUCGCAACCUGCUAAAGCAUCGGUUCUAGUUGUUGACUCUCUCUCGCUUGUUUUAAGACAUCACGAUCCUGUCAUCGUCUGUCAGAGUCUUCAGGAGCUAAGAAAAGGAGGAGUUGUUAAAACCAUUAUCGGCCUGCUGCAUUCAGAUUUGCAUCUGCAAGGUAUUGUGGGCAUUGUAUGCCACUUAGCCAGUACUGUAAUCUCUUUGGGACCCACAAACAAUGAACGCCAGGCUGUGGCCACGACCACAAGACGCACAAAAUCAGGAAAAGUUAUGCAGGAGGAAGAGUACUUCAGUGUGUCUGAGGACGCGACGCUUUCUGUCCAGAGCAAACCUCGUCAACAUGAUCGUGUAGAGAAAGAGCAGGAUUCAGCUGAGGUCGAUCCAGCAUCAAACCUGACUUUCAAUCUCCGUCUGUCUGAGGAGGAAAGGAGAGCCAAAGAGAAAGUGGCGCUGCCAUUUGUGUUUAGCCAAGAGAAGAAAUCAGCUCUUCUGAGGCCGACUCCAGGCUCAGGAAGGAUCAUGUAUGAACCCGACGCCAACGACGACUUCGAUGAGGAAGAUCCAGAUGAUGAUCUUGAUGUGUGAAUCAAGAAAACGCACGUCCUCAUUCACGCCACAAGUCUGUGACUAUUACACACAUCUGCACACAUUAUUUAUUGCCUAUUCCUUAUUUUACCUCAAGUCAAACAGUCUGUGGCAGUCUGAUGUCUGUCAGCUCCAAAAUAAUAUUUACACACUGAGUUUUAAAUAGUGUUUUUCUAUAUAAAUUGAAAUUUGGUGGACAAAAACAACAUCAACAACACACUUAAACAUUUUGCUAUUAAUAGACGGUAUUAAUAAUAACAUUGUCAUAAUAUUUAAAGCAUAAAUGUCCAGUUAUGAUGAAUAUAAUUUGUUCAGAUUUAUUGGUUUAGAUCUUCACCAAACCCCCCCCGAAUGUUUUUAGACAUGAUGCUCCAAACAUAAUAAAAAAUUAUAUUGGAAAUCAAAUAUACAUGCAAAACUGUACACACUUUAUUUCUGUUCAUUUUCUGUUUGCCAGCGUUAUUAUCAUGCCUGUCUCUGCUUUUUUGUAAUGAUUAAUGUGUCCAGUGUUUCAAACUCUUUCUGCAGCCUCACAAUCACGCAGAUUUAAUAAAAGGUAAGAAGUUUUAGAGACAUAAUUCAAUUUCUUUUAACAAAAUGACUGAGUGUGAAAUAUGGAAAAAGAUCCUUCAUGCCAACACCCAGUGGUGUAAAGUAACUAAUUACAAAUUCUCAAAUGACUGUAAUCGAGUAGUUUUUCCUCAGGAAUUGUAAUUUACGAAGUAGUUUUACAAACGUCUGCUUU